AUGGAUGUGGCUGGUGUAUCGGCGGAGACUUUUCCCGCUUUGGAGCGAUUACUAUUACGCGAUUGUAUUGAAAGAGCUCUGGGCUACUACUCGCAGAAUCGCAAAGAUUUAUUCGUCAGGUUCCUGGAGUCAGGUAUCACAAAAUGCCAAAGAAGGUAUAAUGCCUACGAAAAUGACAUAGGCCGGGCUUAUAUCCUGCUGGCUGCGUAUUUCACCAAAGUGGCCUACGGGGAAUUGGGCAAACGCCGUGCGGCGGCACAGGCCAAGGUAAUGAACUUGUUCAAAACUCUGGACGGCUAUCAGCGGUCUGGCGAUCGUCAACUGCAGAUAGUGAAGGGAUUCGCCUUGAUGUUAUCCAGCGGCGGAGCACAAGACGCGGAUGCCCAGUUUGUUAGUGUUCUCAGGCAGAUGCCCAAUAAUAUUUUGGCUCUGAUUGGACGCGGGUGCUUGGCCUUCAACCGAGGAGAUUACAUUGCGGCCUUGGGUUACUUUAAGAGCGUUUUGAUGGCCCAGCCUCAAGGACCCGCCGAUGUUCGUGUCGGUAUUGGCCACUGUUUCCUGAAGAUGGGCGAACUAGACAGUGCCCGUCGUUCGUUUGAGAUGGCUCUGGGUAAUAAUAGUCGGUGCAUAAAUGCGAUUCUCGACAUGGCCAUAUUGAAAUUGAACCAAGGCGAUAAACAGGCCUAUCAGGAUGGCAUAAAUCUGUUGAAUGCGGCCUACGAAUUAGACCAAUCCCAUCCGGUGGUCCUGAGCAUUCUGGCCACCCAUUGCUAUUUUUCCAAUAAUCACGAUAAGGUCAUGGAGUUGGCUGGAAAUGCAUAUAGGUUCUCCGACAUUCCGCUGGUGAUGUCGCAGAAUUCCUUCAAUAUGGCCAGGAUUUUACAUGCAACCGGCGAACUCGGCCAGGCCAUGAAUUACUACAUUAUAUCAAACAAAUUGGCCCCCGAUGACUACGUUCUGCCCCUGAUGGGACUGGCACAACUGUUCGUCAGAGACGAAGAAUUCGAUAGAGCCAAGAACCUUUUGGAAAAAUUCCUCCAGGUACAGCCCAACGAGCCGAGUGUAAUGCGGCUGUUGGCCAAAAUUUAUCUCAUAGAAAGAUCCCCGGGACAAAUCGAUAAGGCCAUUGAGAUGCUGUCCGAGGUGGUGAAAAAGAAAGCCUCAAGUCGCCAGGACUUCGAUAGCAGGCUAAGUCUGGCCUUUGCCUAUGAGCAAAAGGGCGAAUGGACCGAGGCCGUUAAUGCAUACCGCCAGGCCAUGAGUGCUUACUCGAGUCUGGGAGAAGAGGUCCCGAUUGAGUGGCUCAAUAAUCUGGCAGCCACUGAAUUGUCAGCCAAAAUGCCUGACCAGGCCCUGGAAACCCUUAAAUUGGCCUACUCAAAAUGUAGGGCCAUGACGGGCGAGCACCAAUUGACAAACUUGCUCACCAUACGUUUCAACCAUGGUCGGAUCAUGGAAGAUCUCCAUAGGUAUGAUCAGGCCGAGAUUCUUUACAAGAAAAUACUCAUUGAGUUUCCGGACUAUUGCGAUUGCUUCCUGAGACUGGGGGUGAUGGCCAUGCGCCAGAAUAAGCUGCAUUUAGCCGUCGAUUACUUCAAAAAUGCCCUGAAGGCGGAUGAACAUAACUUGACAGUCAGAUCUUACUUGGCCGACUGCUAUAUGAAAAUGAAUCUCAACAACUUUACUUUGUCCAACUACAAUUUGAUUCUGCGUGAGUCUAAGAAAAGCCAGGAUAACUACGUCUUGACGGCUUUGGGCAAUUUCUGCCUGAAAAAAUUACAUAACUACUUGAGUAGAGGCGAGAAGACUUUGGUCAAAGUCCAGCAGAAGAAAGCCAUGAAUUACUACGGGAAGGUUCUCGCUAGCAGUCCGCGGAACUUGUGGGCAGCCAAUGGACUGGGAGCAGCCCUAAGCAGCUGCGGUAAUCUUGAAGCUGGUGGAGCUAUCUUUAGGCAAAUCGUCGAAGCGGGUAACGAGUGUCCACCCGCUAUUCUGAAUUCGGCUCACAUAGCCCUGGCCCAGGGCCAAUUCAAGCAGGCCAUUCAGACCUAUAAGCAGUGCCUGAAGGAGUUCUUACCGGAAAAUAGUGUGGACGUCAUGCAUUACUUAGCAAGGGCAUUGUACGGCGAAGGAAAAACCAAUGAGGCGAAGCUGUGGCUGCUUAAGGCCCGUCACUUGACCCCCCAAGAUCCUUUCGUUGUCUACAAUCUGGCACUUGCUAUUAAGGAGGAUGCAAAGCGGGUAUUGGCUCUUCCCCGACCCGAAUUGAAUGAUCUCAUUAAGGCCGAUCUUGAACUUAAGGUGGCAGCCAAGAUCUUUCACCAGCUGCCUCAGGAAGAACUUACAAUCCCAACGCAUUAUGCUUUUAAGGGGGGCAAUGAGUGCAAAAUACUGUCGAACAAAUUGGGAGAACAGCUGCUCCUAGUGCGGGAUCUAAUGUUGUCGAACGAGGACCGCGCCCGUUUGCAGAAGCAGCAGUUCCUGGCCCACCAGCACCAGCUCCAGGAGCAGCGUUUGCAGAGUCAGGAGCAGCAGCGUGUGAUGCGCGAGAACCAGAUGGCCCAGCGGAAGGAAAUCCUGGCACGCACUAAGAAAAUCAUAGUGGAACCCUUGAAGUCUGAGCCAUCCAAAAAGGCACCAACUAAGGGUAAAGGCAAGGGACGUGGUAAGAAGAACCAGAAGGACGUUGAUGAUGAUUCGGACCAGGAAGCUGCUCAAGUUCCAAAGCGUGGCUUGAAGCGUAAGAAAGUUACUUUUGCGGACUCGGAUGAUGACUGCAAAAAGCGUAAGAAGCCCAAGAAACCCCGCAAGAAAACGGAGCCCAAGGUGGUCGAGAGUGUUACGUCUAAAAAGUACACGUCAAAGGAAUUCAUAGAUACAGAAUCGUCAGACAGCGAUGAGGUAAAUGACAAGAUGCGCGAUCUGCCAGACUGCACGACCCAAAAUCCUCUCAAGAAAGCGGUGGAGAAUACUUCGUAUAAAAAUGUCAAGGCAAAGGAUUUUAUAGAUUCAGAUGAUGACAGUGAUCACAGUGAUGACAGUGAUGACAGCGAUGAGGAAAAUGACAAGAUACGAGAUCUUGCAGCCGCCGGGAAAAAGACAGGGAAUUUGGGCUCAGAUUUGGAACUCAGUUCCGAUGAGGACUCUGAGUUAUCUUUGUAGAUGAACAACAUCCAAAAUGGUAGCCUCAGAGAUAAGAAAAUGAAAGAAGUUACUCUUUAAUAUAAAUAAACUAAGCAUACCAGGGCUUAAGUUUGAUAUACCCAUCUAAACUUACCUGGUUGCCUUAUUACCUUUUCAGUUUGAUUAA